UCUUUGCUGCAAUUCUAAAGGUAACGAAUGAGUAUCAAUCCAGCCUGGAGGUUUCAUUGUGCUGCACAAGCAGAUUGUUAUAUAUAGAACAACUCUUAUGAGGAUUUCUGGUGACCUGGAAGGUUUCUCUCUGUAUUCUCUGCAUAAUAGUCUACUAGGUGGGGAAGAAGUUGUAGUAUUUGUCCUAUUUGGGAAGAAGCUGCUGUUUUUUUUUCGUUCUACGUCACGUUGUAUUGCAUCUGAAAUGGUGUUGGAUGCCAAUGUAAGUUAGUAUCAGGUCCCAGAUUCUGUAGCCAUUGAAAGAUUAAACACUUGCUAUGUUCAGACUCUUCGAAAGAUUUGAAGUAUGUGGAAUUGUUGGAAGUGGGGUAGGUUUUGUUGUGUUCAAAACAUGUUCAUUUUGCUCAACAUUACAGUGACAAAACAGAGCUGAACAUGGUCAAUCCAGAGAAAACCAUCUUCUAGGAAAAUUAUUGUGUCGACGUAACCCUUUUUAAGUAUCUUCUAGGAAAAAUUCUGAAAACAAAAUCCCAUGUUCUGAUAAUUCCAGAAAGUAUCUGCUGUUAAUGGACAGUGGCUAAUGGGAUUGUGUGUAGUAUUCGUAUGCAAGGAUAUAUAUUUUUUUCUGAAAGUUGGGCAUUGACUGAUUACGUGGCGCCUUUUGACCAAACAGUCACUACCGAAUUUUCAAUUUUCUUUCAGAAAGGACAAAUUAGAGAGACGGCUCUCCACCUUAAACAGGCACCAAAGCCAAAGAGCUUUUACUUUUCAAAUCUCUGUGACUCUGCUGAUCCAGAGAAAACCAUCUUCGAUUCUCUGCGUUUCUGUCUCCUUCCACGUCGAGCCUGUGCGUCCUCUCUCUCUCUCAUGUAAAGUUGUAAAAUAAAUUGUAUAUUUGUAUGUAUAAUUGUACAUGACAAAAAGGUGCUUAAGUAGCUGUUCUGUCAAGCUCUAUAUUGGUGAGAUAGAACAUAUUCAUGGGAUCUCAAGCCAUGUGCAAUAGCAGAUUUAGUAAUUAACUGGGUGGUUUCUGGACUACUUUUGGUUAUUUUGGCUCUCUGAUUUUAUGAUAUCUUCUAAGACCAUGGGGCGUGCUUCUGGACUACUUUUGGUUGUUUUGGCUCUCGGUUUUUUCUUUGCAACAUAUAAUUUGAUAACAAUGAUCACCCACAACAGAUCAGUUGGGAAACUGAUAACCGAGGAUUCUGAUGGUAAGCUAUUUAUGGAUCCUGUUAUUGAGAUGCCUGAAGAAGUGAAGAAAUUGAAGACUACUAAAUCGCCCUUCCAUGUUGCCUUGACGGCCACUGAUGCUCCUUAUAGCAAAUGGCAGUGUCGCAUUAUGUAUUAUUGGUAUAAGAAGAAAAAGGGCUUGCCUGGAUCUGAUAUGGGAGGAUUUACACGGAUCUUGCAUUCUGGGAACCCUGACAACUUGAUGGAUGAGAUUCCUACAGUUGUGGUUGACCCUCUUCCAGCGGGUAUGGACAGGGGAUAUGUUGUCUUAAAUAGACCAUGGGCAUUUGUCCAAUGGCUGCAAAAGGCCACAAUUGAGGAAGAAUACAUACUUAUGGCAGAGCCUGAUCACGUAUUUGUUGCUCCUCUUCCUAAUUUGGUACAUGGAGGAUACCCAGCUGCUUUCCCAUUUUUCUACAUUAAGCCCGAGGAUAAUGAAAAAAUCGUAAGGAAGUUUUAUCCCGAGGAGAAAGGUCCUGUGACAGAUGUUGAUCCAAUUGGCAAUUCUCCUGUCAUCAUAAGGAAGGAUUUACUGGAGAAGAUUGCACCAACAUGGAUGAAUGUGUCUUUGAAAAUGAAACAAGACCCAGAAACCGAUAAAACUUUUGGAUGGGUGCUAGAAAUGUAUGGUUAUGCUGUAGCAUCAGCGUUGCAUGGUGUGCAGCAUAUCCUUCGGAAAGACUUUAUGGUUCAGCCUCCAUGGGAUCGAGAUCUUGGAAAAACUUUUAUUAUUCACUACACAUAUGGAUGUGACUACAACUUGAAGGGCGAGCUUACAUAUGGCAAAGUUGGGGAGUGGCGAUUUGACAAGAGAUCAUUCUUACAUGGACCUCCACCGAGAAACCUCUCCUUACCCCCUCCAGGAGUUCCUGAAACCGUGGUUACCCUUGUAAAGAUGGUGAAUGAAGCAACUGCUAACAUUCCCAACUGGAACAAUCAGUAGUUCUUCAUUGGGUGUUGUCAAAGGAAAAUACAAACUCCUCAUGGAAAGACUGACUGAUGACUUCUAGUACAAAUACACAAAAGCUGAAGUUGAUUGUUUUUCAAGCAAGGAAAAUAGAAGAAUGCCAGCCAAAUGGUGACAGAGGUCAUGGAAGAUUCAGCAUACCAAGACUUUUUCUUUGGUCAAAAUGAUUUUAUCUUAGCUUGAAAGGACUGGAUGCCAUUCCUGUGGCCCAGUAAAUGGUUACUUCAUCUUUGGAUGUGAAUACAGAGUAUGAUAUAUUCCAUAAUUCGCAUAACGGCUCCAAACAAUUCAGAUUUGUUAUUUCUUUGUUCUUUUGAUAAAUUUGUUUUUCUUUUAGAGAAAAAUAACACCAUUAGAUUAAAAAUCUUGUAUA